AUGACGUCAACUUGGGGGCUUCUUGCCCAUGAGCACAUCUGGCAUCAUAACUUUUCGUUCAUGAUCUGGAGCUUGAUCCCUCUUUCCUCUUAUUCUGAUCUCUUGUUUACGGUCUCCAGAUUUAUGGUAGAUUGUUUUCGCUUGACGAGGCGGCCAGGUAUGUUUUUACCCUGCUUCUACUCUCGUAACCUGUGAUCCUUGGCCUUAUCAUCCAUUUCUAUCCUCCGAGGAUGAAUCGUCACUAUCCUUCUUUGGCACCGUGUUCACAUUGCGUCUCCUGCAGCCAGUGUGUUGUGUCUAGGACGUAAUCAGUCUCUAUCAGCUUCUCGGCAUUCCCCUACAUCUGCGUCCCCUUGCACGGAGAUCUGGCAGUGAGUCGUUCUAACGGCAUCGCAACUUGUCAAGGACCAUCGGAGAUCCCCUACGUAUCAACUCAUGGCCUCGGGCUUGGACAGAUCCAGGCGCUACUUCUCACUUUCUAAGUUCAAUGAUAGGUACAGACCAACGGAUUACCUCCGUUUGAAUGACUGAUUGUGGCACAUCUAUCUAUUCGACGACCCUUAGAUUCGGAAUGGUGCUUUUGUAGUUUACCUAAAUCCGUGUCAGCGUUUACUGCUGUCUUACUCGGCACCGGUGACGAAUGGAAGUAGACAUUAUGAUCGCACAAUACCGAUACCUUCCUUAGCUAGCCUUGGCUUCGCUGAAUUGACUCCGCCAGUGAGCCGAU